AUAUCACACACUCUCGCAUCACAGUUCUCGACAGAUUUUUACAAUCCUGAACGCGUUCAGACGUUUCUGCAUGUUGACACUGCAAAAAUCAAUAAUGAGUGAAGACAUAAGGAAACAAAAACUGAUUGUGAGACCCCAACAUUCUAUCGAUUUUCCUUCUUUUUUUCAAGUCCCUCAAUUUGCAUUUCUGGUUUAAACUGUUCAAUAUAUACAUACAGUGCUGGCCAAAAAAAUAUCCACUUGACGAAUCAAUGUCUGAAGACGAGGAGUACAUCGAGACCUGGAAGGAUCUUCCGAAGAACCGUGUGAUUUUCAUAACCAAAAGAUCCCCGUUAGUUCGUGGCGUGCUUCUCAGAUCAAUCACUUCUCACUUUCAAAUUCCUGCAGCCCAAUAUGGAACCCUACUCGCAUAUGUUUCAGAUAAUGUGGUUAGAUUUUAUGCUGAAACAUAUCGAAGAAACAAUUCUCCGUGGAAAGGAAUGCACAUGUACAUUCCCGGAAAAUUAAUCUUCAGCACUGAUCCAGAAUCCCAGCAUCAAUUGAUUUGGAUUCUCAUGAAAUUGAGUAAAACCCCGAAAAUACUUGUGCAAGCCGGAAUUUCGCUUCAAUAUAUAUGUCUGCCAACUAAUCAAAUUAGAAUUGAUUUCUACAUAGAUCACGCUAAAAUCAACAACUCUUUGAUAGAUUUUAUUCCGAAAUUGACUGAAACUAUGAAACAUAAAUACCAUAUAUUGCUUCGAGAUAUCAUUAAGGGUGACGAAAAGGAAACUCCCUUCGAUCCGAACGACGAUAAUGAGGUGGAUAAUUGUGAACAGCGUCGUCAAGAAGACAUGAAUUUCGAGCAAUUUUUCACAUAUAUCAAUGUAUAUAAAGACAAACAUGAUCACCAGAUUCCAAAUUUCAAGUUAAACGAGUCAGAUUUAAACUGUGAUCUCAUGCAAUAUCAGAAAGAUACUGUCAGGUGGAUGUUGUAUCGAGAACUUAAUCACGAACCGGAUGGAAAUAUUGAAUGGAUGAUAAAGAGUGAAAAAUUGGCAAGUGAUACUUCAUUAGUCUAUUAUCCGUCGAUCGGUGCAAUUGCUCUCAAUGAGAUGACUAUUGAAGAACGAAAGGAUAUUGAGAAGCGUUUCACAUUGAAAGGAGGAAUUCUUGCUGAUGAAAUGGGUCUUGGAAAGACUAUCCAGGCACUUUCACUUAUUGCCACCAAUAGAAAACAUUCAAAAGUAGAAAUAUACGACGAAUCAGGAGAAGUCGAGACAGUGAAUAGAGAUGAAUCAAAGUCUACAAAUAGUUCAAUUGCUCAGCAGAUUAAGCUUGCAGAAUCAAGCUAUGCAGAAAUGAAAGGUGCAAGACAAAAUCAAGCGGAUAUCAGAUACAAUCUGAAUAGUUUUUGUGAUGGUGAAACUAUUUUAUGCUCCAAUUGCUCACAAAUGUGCUCCGCAAAAAUUUGUGGAUGGGAUUUUGAUAAAUUCAAAAACGAGAAGUUUCAAUGUUCAAAAUGUACAAGUGAAAGUGAAAACCGUCGGGCAGUUGGUACAACAUUGAUUAUUCUACCAGAAAGUUUGAUUUUUCAAUGGUUCACGGAAAUAUCAAAGCAUUGUUCGGAUAAUAUUAAGGUCAUGUUUUAUUUUGGAAUAAGAAAACAUGGAUACCUGCAACCUUGCGAAAUGGAUUCAUAUGAUGUAAUUCUGACAACUUAUGAUACACUUCGAAAUGAAAUGAGUUUUUCAGAAGAAAAGGGACCACCACGUAAUCUUCGAAAUGAAUCAAAAACCCUCAACCUAACAUCAUCACUGAUGCACGUUGAAUUCUGGAGAAUUAUUGUUGACGAAUCUCAAGUGUUGCCUCAUGGUGUCAGCUCUCAACUUACAAGAAUGCUCAUGAAACUUCACGCUGAAAAUUGGUGGUGUGUUACUGGAACGCCAUUAGUGAAAUCAAUUGCCGGCAUUUACCCGUUGUUCAAUUUUUUGAAUCUCUUUCCAUUUGGAUCACCACAAUUCUUUUCACAAUAUGUGCAUCCUCAAUAUCUCAAUUUUGCGCUCAGCCUUCGAGACGAAGCACUCGAUAAAAACAAUCUGCCACGUGUGUUUCUGCUAGAGAUUCUUUCGAAAAUGAUGUCAAGGAAGACGAAACAAGACAAGAGUGUUCAGUUAAAACUUCCAAAACUAACAGAAGUUGAAAAGAUCAUUUAUUUCACGACUGUGGAGGAGAGGCAGUACAAGGAUGAAAAGGAAAGAUUGAGAAAUAUUGUUGAAAGAGCUAUCGGAAAUGCAGACAAUUCGGAUCUCCUUUCCGAUCUUCAAUGUCGUGAAAAAGUGCUCCAAGAGCUGAGAUUACUCAGACAAAUAAUUCUACUUGGCCAGAGGAAAACAGAAUCUGAUAAGGUUUCAUGUGUUCUUGCACCAGAAACUGUCAUUUUCAAAUUGAUUAAAAAUAAGAAAACGACAAUUAAAGCGAAUUUCAGAGAGUAUUUGAGUUAUAGCCUUGGUGUUGCUGGUGUACAAAUAUUGAUGGAUAUGCCACAAACUGCUAUUGAAACAUAUUCAAGUGCAUUGAUCAACUAUGACGAACUGAUUUUAGCUGAAAGAAAUCAUCUUCCCGAGAUUAAGAACGAUUCGUCUCGUGAUGAUUCUCCGUGCUUGUUAGAAGAAGAUGAAGACGACGACUUUGAUGGAGAAGAUGAUGGAUCUGCUGAGAAAAAGAAGAAACCAAAUAAGCUUAACGAAUUAAAUGGAUUCCUAGGAGGAAUUCAUCAAAUAUCAAAGAAAUAUAUGAAAUCAAAGAAUUUAAACCUGGACCCAACUUCCCGAAAAUCCGAACGAAAUGGUCGGGUUAACGAGAGAGAAAUCGAAGAGAUAACCAGACCAAAAGAUGCAAAAAGAUCUAGGCUUGACGUUGAAGAGGAGGAUGAAAUGGAAACUAACGAAGAAAAAUCAAACACACCUUGUAGUUCAACUCAAGAUGAAGGAAAUUUGGAAUAUGUUAAAGGACAGAAACAUAUCCAAAAACUUGCUUUCGCCGCAAUUGAACCCAUCACAAUUGAUACAACACAAGAAGUUCAUUUGAUUCUGAAUAUGUAUAACAUUCAAUUGUCGAUGGGGUUUCCACAAGCCGAUCGGGUCUCAUUGGAUCGUCUGCAACAAAUUUUCGUUCGAUAUUUCCAAUUGGAGUUGCGAGCCAUUGAAUUCAUUGCUAACGAUCUACCAAUUUUCAGUCAAAUGUGGACAAAAGAUAAAAGAAAUUUGAUGUACCAAGUUAGUGAGUUCUUUGGAAUGAUGGGUAUACGAUGUUCAGCGAUAAGAGACACGGGAGCAUUAUAUGAGAAUGGAAAGAUUAUUCGUGAUACUGUAAAGAAACAUCAUUUUCCACAUCUUCCUUUUGUCGCUCUGUAUGACACGAACAAAUUGACACCUAUAGGUCGUGUACACAGAGAGAAGACGUGUAUGGGUAGAUGCAAUAAUAUUGUAAUGGAGUGUGAAGUUUUCAAUGGACAACCAUGCUUGAGUCUACCAGAUGUUAUGAGCAAAACGUUGGAUCAUUUCAAAAAGAUCGAUGAGAAAAGAAAAGAACUCGAUCAAAAAGCGAACAAACUCGUUGAGUUUAUCAUGAAAAUGGCAAAUCCAAACAUGUUGAUUACUGUGUUUUCUGAAAAUACGGAUGACCGAAGCUCAAGUAACAGAACUCCCGAAAUUCAGAAAAUGCUCAACGUAUUGCUAUGCGAUCACAAGAUUAUCAAAGGAACUCUUAAUGACAAAGCAUUUGUCGACGAGUAUUACUGGAAAGAACAUUCAUGCUUAAUCUGCGAUUUUUGGUGCAAAACGUAUUCAUUUAAAUUUGAUGCUGGUUUCUCAACAUAUCAUGGAUUGUCUCGAAAUAAAUCUGGAGUUGCGGAAUGGGCUGUGUAUCUUGCCAAUCAUUUUGCUCCGAGCAAGAAAGAUGCUGUCACAUUUGAAAAACGAAUCAUCACUCCAUUCUUUGAACAAAUUGGAGAUGUUCUUCAUGCCUAUCGUCUUAUUGCAUUGACUCUUGCAGAAAUUGUUGAUCGUUUCGAUGAGCUCUCACAGGCUCAACGUCGGAUCACUGAUAUUAAUGUAUCUGAUUUCUUUGAUCAAAACGACAAUAUCCCUGAACCUCCAAUUGCGACGAAACGUAUCGAAUUUAAAAAUCAUUACGAAGCUGAAAUUAAAGUUGUUAUUGAAUCCGUACGUAAAGAUGUUAAAGAACUCCGUUAUCUUAUGAAUUUGAUGAAGAAACAAUUGGACGGAGAAACUGAAGAUAUUUUCGACUGUCCUAUCUGUUGCGCUUCAAUUGAUUGUUUUAUGGUGUUUACAUGUGGCCAUCGAAUUUGUCAAAACUGCUUCGAAAAAAUGAGAGCUCUUCAAAGAAGAGCUGGUUCUGCUGAAGAUGUGGUCGCAUGUCCUACUUGUCGUGUAGUGAACAGGUCAAAACAAGUUAUGGUGGCACAAUCUGGACAUGUUCAAGAUAAAUCGGCUAUUCCUGGAAUCAUAUUGUCUGCGAAGAUGUCGGAGGCUAUUAUAUUGAUGCGAGAGAUUCUAGCAGCUGACCCACUAAACAAAAUCAUUUUAUUCACAACUAUUGAACAGACAUCCACACAAGUAUGGGAAUAUCUAACAAAGAUUCUCAAACUUGCCAACCUGCCAUUCAUUGCACCAACACGAGCUACUUGUGGAAAGAAAGUCUUCGAUUUUGAUGUAUCGGAAGAUACAAAGGUUCUUCUAUGUUCCCUAUCACUUUGUGCAAAUGGUCUUAAUAUGACCGGAGCCAAUCAUAUCAUCUUUUUGGAUCCACCACAUCUUCAAUCUGUUCUGAAUCAGGCCAUCGGUAGAAUUAAUCGAUUCGGACAGAAAAGAGACAUGAAUGUAUAUCAUUUGUUAGUUGACGGCAGUCUGGACAUUGAAUUAAGAGAAACUGCCAAAAAGACAUAUCGUAGAGAAGACGAACAAAAAGGAUGGACCAUUGGCGACAUUCGUAGUAUGUUUGGAAUCAAUUAUUAUCCAGUGCAGGCGAAUAUUCGAGCCAUAGUUGGCAAUGUUGAUGGAAACUUUCACAGAAUGCAAGAAUUCUUCCGCAACAACAUUGUUAGAAGAGCCAUUCCAUAAAUCCACGGUUUUUUAUUCUUGUUAACAUGUUUAUUGUUCCCCCGACAUUUCCACAUUUUUUUGCUUUAACUAAUUAAUUUUUUGACACAAACCAAAGUUUCACCCUGUUACCUCGUUUCAAUUGUUGCCACUAAAUCGCUCUCUCCAGCCCCACAGAUCAUCAUUUCACUGCAUUCAAAUUUGACUGAUCUGCUUUACCAAAAAUCGAUCUUUCAAUGAAAUGUUUUUCAACAAAAAAAAAGAACAACUAAUUUA